AAUGAAAAGUCAGUUAACAAGCACAUUCAGCCUGGUCAGUACAGAGCUUUGUCUGGCUUAGAGGUAGGACGAGGAGACUGAAUUGAAAUGGCCGCAUUUGCAGGCUCAGUAUUGAUUGGUAUUUAUGUCAUAGAAUUUCACGCAAAUUCAGAAGUUAGUGUAGAAUGAAUAAUCGUUUGACAAGCACAUUCUGCUUGGUCAGUUAAAAGGUUUUCAAUGUUUAUUCCUUUUUUUCUUUUUAGUGGGUUCUUGAAGGCUCCGCCCCUGGCACCUCGGGUUGUUACUCCCAUUUAUCAUGUGGAGAAGCCUUCUUCAAUGCGGCUAAAGACCUCUAUGGCGAAAGCAAGAAAGACCUCAAAAUAAUGGAUUUUGGCUGUGGGUCAGGACUGUCUGGUCAAGUUCUGAAGGACAAAUAUGGAUAUUAUAACCUGACUGGGCUGGAUGUGUCUGAAGAUAUGUUAAAUAUCGCUAGACAGAGGAACAUCUACAAGACUCUUAUCAGUGCCUUUGUAGGUACCGACAGAAUAAAACAGAUACAAGAUGGUGAAUAUGACGCCGUUAUCUCCUCUGUAGUGUUCCAAACUGGUCAUGUGAGAGCCAAUGCUUUGGAUGAAAUCACUCGCUGGAUUAAGCCAGGUAAUUUGUCACUACUUUGACGUCUUGUGUAAGUUGUGUAUCAAGAAAUCUAGAGGUAAAAGUGAGAUGACCCUUUUGGAAAAAUGUAAUAAGCAACUGACUUCGCUUUUUUUUGUUUUUGUUUCCUCAGUUCAGUGACUUCUAUUAUAGAUCUUAAAUCCCACGCUACUCAACGUCUAAACAUGCAUUCACAUAAAAUGUAGGCUUAUUUCUUGGAAAUUUUGUUAAGAAUUGACAUUAACUUCUUUUAGAAUUGAAAGCCGUGUAAAUCAAGAUGACCUCAAAGGGGAGCCCCGCAUACCGUGGUAAAACCGUGAAAUCCCUCGCUAAUGCCCUGUAUUUCCCGGUUAUGAGGAUACGGGGCUUUCCGCUAUCUGACUAAAAACUUGAGGCGGUAGAUGGAAUAAUCGUAAAUUAGUAUAAGAGUCAGUGAGGUUACUUUCACUCUAUGCCGGAUCCUCUGAGUUGUUUCGCCCGCACGAAAACCAUAACGGAUAGGGCUUCUGUUCUCUAAUAAGAACUGAGCGCCGAGCAGCGCCGCGCUGAUCUCGAUAGUAGAGCGUCAAAUAUCGCAUAGUUUCUGUGCUACACUUUGGUGGGCUGUGACCACAGGUAGCCCAAGAUCGAAAUAUGAGCACUAUCGGCGAACAUCAGCAUUGUUGCGUAACAUUCGAAAUAUAAGGAUUUGUAUUGGGAAAAAACCUAUCUAUCUACAGAGAGAAAACCGUUUACAGUACGGCUCAUAAAACGGCCAUAAAUCGGCCCAUGGACCACGCAGGAGAGACUUGAGACACAUUUCAUGUAAGGUAAGCUGUUUUUUAUUGAUAUCCUUUCAUUUUCGUAGGUUACGGAAACGAUAGGUUUUUCCCCGUACAAAGCCUUAUAUUUCGAAUGUUAUGCAACAAUGCUGAUGUUCGCCGAUGCUUAUAUUUCGAGCUUGGCCUACCUGUGCUGUGGCUAGAAUGGAUAACCCGAAGUCAGAUUGUCAUCCCAGUUUACUCAACAUAGAUGAUAGGAGUCUUAUAACUUAAAGUAAGAAGAAAGCAACAGGUAGUGUGUAGGAUUUGAACCCACACCAUAUGAAGUUUGAUCCACAUCCGUAUCCACUACACCAUUAAGGGCUAACUACCGGCGGUUACAAGGGGAAAUGUGAGAGUCUGGAGAAGGAGGGAAAAUGGACGCUGGUCUCCAACAAGGAAGCUUAGUACUAUGGCGACAAAGCUCCUAAAGGGCGUGCCUAUAAAACCUGUCGAAUGCUGGUCUACAAAAAAUUAUAAAUACUUUGUUGGCAGUGGGUGGUUUUGUUAUCUUAUCCUCGACCUCGAAGGGGGCGAGCGGGGAGCGUAGGAUGACCAAGGUCUUGCUUAGGCAAGACAAUAUUUAUGAGACAUUUUUAAUACAAAUUUUGGCAUACCCAGGAAACACGAUUAAUUCCAUGAACUCUGUGUUAUUAACCAUGAAAGAAAACUCAAAAAAUAAAAUGGACCCUUCACAGUUUUUCUUAUACUUAUAUGGACUACGGAUAGAGAAAAUCCACUGGCAAAGUUGUAAAGAGUGUCUUAAAAUCAAUGAAAUUGCUAAAUUUGAAAGGGAUGCGUCUUAAGCGAAUGAACUUAUGCGUCAGCGAGGAUACGAAAAUUGACAGACGUUUGUUGAGAGUAAGUUUGUGGCCCUAGCCUGCAUAGCACGCGCUUGGAAGUAGUGGGCGCAAGAAAGAACAGGCGCCCGUCCUUUCUUGCGCCCGCUAGUUCCAAGCGAGUGCUACGCAGGCUAUUGUGCCCCCACCAAAUAAACGUCUGUAAAAUUUUGCAAUUUUGGUGAGCUAUGUCACUUUUCAACAAAUCGCUUUCAAAUUUGGCAAUUUUGCGAAUUUUAAAGGAACUCUUUCCAGCCGAGUUGACGGAUUUUCGCUAACUUGUCCAUGUCAAAAGUUGAAGAAACCUUGGAAAAUAGAUAACAGAAAUAGAAUACAGAAAUUGGAUGCGGUAUUAAGUCAAUCGAUUGAGAUACCCUAUUUAUGCGUUUUUAAGAAGUAGUUUAGCAAAUAGACCAAUUCCGAUAUAUUAAAAUUCAUACUUAGUUGCGAGGCUUGGGGGAAUAAUAAAAAAAAGAAAUCGUCUUGAGGCUCAGCAGUGAAUAAUACAUUUCUUUUGCCUUAUUCCCCAAGCCUCGGAGCCAAAUUUUAAGAGACCUAUUCCUCAAAAUUCACCCGAGCGGCUGAAUUUUUCAGUGGACACACUUUAAUCUUGCACACUCACACAACAGAAAAGUUACUAGACAAAUGUUUGUCACAGAUGACUGCAUCCAUAUUCCCUCAACGGCAGGUGUCUUUGCCAUGUUUGAAUAUAUUUCUUGUCUUAUUGUCAGUAAAAUUACUUUCAUUUGAAGAACGCGUGACGAGGACCUGAUCGAUCGAACAUCAGCUUGCGAGGUAAUCCCGCGUAAUCCGUCGAGCCUCGUGUUCUUUUCACGCAUCAGAGUUAUCAUAUUAUCACCUGUAACGAAGCUUACAAGCACGUGGAAAUUGUUUGGCUGAGUAGAAUGCCGGCUAAAGACUCUCCGGCAAUCUCACAAAGCGAUAGCCUGUGUACAGCCGCUCCCUCCCCUCAGUAAAAAAAUCUUACUGAUGGGGAAGGGGCGCGGCUGUACACAGGUUAACAAAGUAACCUCAUUCAACUCGAGAAGACAAAAAAACACGACAUAACAUUUCGUUUGAACUUUUUUUGAAAGAUUUUCAUUCAGGUCACUAGUAUUGUUAUGGAGAAAACUGAAACCACCGUAUUGUUUGCCUAUAGUGAGUUGUGUGUACCACUCGAACGGAUGACGUCGUUUUUGUUGCGGGUUUUCCAUCAAAUCGCGGUCUGUUUUUCAACGAAAUCGUCGCAUAUCAAGAAUUUCGUUUUGUGGGGUUAAACGCUACUUGCGAUUUCUUUGCUGUCAUAUGUCCCCCGACUAAUGGACCUUAAUUUACAUUGGCAAAUAAAUCACACAAAUUACAGCUUAGUGUAGAACAAUGAUGUUUUUCCAAGCAUUAAUGGCCUGCUUCAUGGAUUAUCCGUCAGAGACGGGUUAUCUGUUGAAUAAUUAACGUCAGAGAGAUAAUACGUCUUAAUAUGAAACUGGAACGGUCUUCAUUUUGGAUUAACAUUCCGCCGGGCUUCAUCCAUCUGUUUUUCCGUCAAAUUUGACGAUUUUGAAGACAGAUUAUCCGUCUGUAGUGUGAAAGCGGCCAAUACUUUAUAGUCAAAGUUUAUGCAUGUUUAUAUACAACAAAAAUUAACUUUGAAGAAAGUUAAGACUAACAAGUGUUCAAAAACCACAACUUAUCUCUGACCAUCCGUUUUAAUUUUCCAAUUUGUGCAUUCUUGCCUUCUUUUGUAUUUUCUAUGGUUAUUUUUUAGGCUGUGGCUAUUAUGGCCCGAUAACCGGUCAAGGUCAGUCAAAACACUAAAUGACCAGCAGUCCGAUAUUUUUAUUCUAUCUCUAUGACAGGUUAAAGAAUCCCAGCCAAUCCAAACUAUGAUAUGUUGAUUGAGAAACUGAUUAGGGUUAAGCCCUGAGAAUAGUAAUGAGGGUUUAAGCACUGACUCGAACUGAUCCUAUUUCAAGGUUAGGGUUGUUACUAUAAACCUUCAAAUCAAACCUCUCUGAUUUGGGCCAAACCCAAGAAUUGAGUUCGAACGGUCUACAUGGUUGAAAGUUCGACCGUUUCGCCGACGAACAGUUUAAAGAAUUUCAUGAACCGAAUCCAAUACGUCAGUUAUGCCAGAAGCCGAUAGUUAUGCUAAUGAUUUAACACUGUGGUUCCGUCGCAUGCUGUUGUUUUUCACAGUACAGGUGCAUUCAACUAUAACGAACUUUAUGUCAUAACUUUUUCAAUGGCCACGAAACUUCGAGAAAACCUACAGCUAUUAUUCGACCAUAAUAAGGAAUAAUGAUGGUGGUAAAUGUUUUUUCUUUUUCUUUUUUUACGAAAUUAGCCUUUAAGUGGACCCUAUUUUUUUUAAAGGAAUAUCACAGUUUUAAUGGAAAAUUUUGCUGCAUGAGAUGUUUUUGUUAUUUAACAGUUCUUACUGAUCUGAUAAUUUGCCAAGAUCUUGACUAUAUAUCUCGAAUAUAUUAAAACAAUAACAGAUUUGCGAGCCCGUUAAUUGUCUGGACUUUCGACAAACGAGCCCCUCUACGCAAUCAUGCUGUAAGAGACGGCAGGUUUGACGUUGAGAAGGUGGGGGUUGGGGUUGGGGAGGGAUCCCUGGGAAGUUAUCUCAAUAAUUCUUCAUAAGAUACUCGGCCUCAUUCAUUAAUUGUUAAGUAAUUGCUUUACAACAAAUAUUCACUUCUCCACUCCUCAGGAAUCUGUAAGGAAAUUUGGUGAGAACCACCUGUUGUGUUCUCCUGCCCUCUAGUCGUGACGUAGAUGUACUGGUAGGCGUUAACGCUGCGUAAAAUACAGUUAAAUAUCCCGCAACCGACCACCCGAAAUGAGAAGGUUCAGUGUGUGAGAAAAUUAUUGCGUCAUAUGGCGGGAAAACCCGUCACGUGAUCUGAGAACUGAACUUUGUGCAAGAGGAACUGUGUGGUCGUUCGGAGUCGUGGAGCUGAUCGAGUGUGUAGAUUAAGUGUAGAUCAUCGAAAUUUUACGCGAAUUGAUGUCGAUGAAUUCUUUAAGUGUAGAACAGAGUACAGAAUUCUAAAAUAUGAACAUGUGAAGAAAUAUACUUUCAAGGGAGUGAAGAAUUAAAGCUAAUACAACUGUCACACAUAUAAAUUUGUGACACAGAGGACCCAAAGGGGGUCUCUUCCUAGGAGAAGCCAGGACACUUGCAGGAAGAUAAUAAAAACAAUCACGGAAAAUUUCUUAAGCCGUCAUUCAAAAAGUGGUCGCGGUCGCUGACACAGGUGGUCGUUUACGAGAGAUUCCAACUGUAGUGAUUUGACUGGGAAUAAAAAGUUUUGUGUUUCGAUGGGCGGUCGCUUACGAGAAGUAGUCUUAAAUUGAGGUUUAACUGUAUUUCUAACAUAUAAGUAUCAGUUUCAUCUUUUCUAGUACAUUCCGCCGCAAUCAAAACAUAGUUGCAUCACCUGUAAACAUUCAUGUCGCAAAAUAUAUAUAUGAUACACAUUCCAACUCUACUUACUAGGAAACACAAAAAAGCCAAAGACCAGAUAACCUGCGAUUUUCUGUUGAUGUCUUUGUCCCUUUGUCACUACACAGAGGGACCCCUUAACACAACUACGUAAUAAGAAUAAAUCGCCAAAAAAGGAAGUCUUUUUGCUAUUUUCGUGUAAGACGUGUAACGUUUAAUGAAUUAAAAUGAUAGAGCCAUAACGCGCGUCUUUUCCAAACUCUGCUUUACGGACUGUCGCUUAAUAUACCGGACACAUGAUAAUAACAAACAGUUUGCUUUGUCCCUUUGGACAGAAAGUUAUUACAUUUUCUAUAAAUUCAAUCCCCUUAAUACGGACACUUUCUAUGUCACCCUCAGUAUCCCCAUUGUGCGUUUUAACGGGGUUGACUGUAUUUAAAUGAUAGAGCUUUCUACCCUUUUCAUCUUACUUAACAACUCGUGAAUUCUCGGCCAUUUUAUAUACCUCUACACUGAAAAAGGUACCCCUUUCGCGCGCGGAGAGCUGGAAGUUUACCCUUUAUUUGUUGCCUGAAACCGUCCUCUGUACUUACAUUGGCUUAUUAGGGAGCUAGCAACAACGACGGCGACGGCCACGAAAACCUCACUUAAAGAGUGAAGUCGCGCUGCUUGAAACUUAAUCGCGCUUAUUCUAUCCCCUUUAAAGCGUCAAAUGUUGGCAAUUUUUUGUCAGGAGUUGACUUCUGAAAGACUGUAUAGACUGUAUCGAAAUUCAAGAAAAGAACUGUGUGUUCACGUCCUCCACAAAACGUGAAAAAAUUAGGCAUUUUCACGUUCGUAGUCGUGCAGUGACGGCAAAGAAAUGCACGUGCAGAGUUGGUUUUUCCCAAUCUAAAGCUAUUGCUUUUUUGCGGCGUUCUUGUAGGGCUAAGCAGACGUGAGUUGCAUUGUGCAAACAACUAAACGGGCAACAAAAACCUGCAAUUUGUUUUGCAACAUUGCUGCAAAACGAGUAGAAGAGCAAUGUUGCGCGUUUUACCACCCAAGUUCAAACCCUGUCUUGCAACAAAUCAGCCGGUUGUUGCAAGUUGCGCGAAUACUGACUUCUGAUUGGUUAGAAUUACAGGGAGUCAUGCCAUAAACAACAAUUUUGUUACUUGCUGCAAAACUGUAGUUUGCCUUGGGCUGGUAAAACGCCCAACAUGUGCAGAUUUUGCUGCAGAAAAUAGGACUUCUCUUUACUUCUCGUGAAAAAAGUUUUCACAAUCUGCAACAAUCUAAUUAGUUGCAAGACAGGUUUGAUUCGUGAAAAAUCGCUAUUCAACUCAUAUUGCAGCGAUGUUGCAAAACAAGUUGCACGUUUUCGUUGACCGUUUUACUGUCAGUACCUUUACCGACGCUUGUCACAGUUCAAAACUGGUUAGUAAGUUGAACUGGUAUUUGUUUUGUGGCUGCAGAAGACAUGGCAGAAAAUGGAGACGCAGCGUGUUUCUAUCCCCAGGAAAUCCUUGACCUCAACUGGAACACUACUUCCAAAGAGAGAAUCCAAAAGGCUUAUAAAGUAUGGUCUGUGUGCUACGAUAAGGUACUGUUUUGGGGCGUAAGUAAGCAUUCAAUUAUACGAGACGUUUGCGAACUUAGACAGGGUGUGAUAACUAAAGACUGGCCGGGUGUCAGAGAGCACUAUACUUUUCCAUCACCAACUAUACUGUGGUUUCAGAUUAGUCCAACUUCUUUCGGGAACUAUGUCUACUACAAUAGUUUACUUCCGGGAUUUCAGGCCGACGAAGGGAAGGGACAUAUGGAAGCUAUACGUGAUGGGCCGGCACCCAAAGGAGCCCCAAAGGUGAUCAAAAUGGGAUUGGGUAUACGCUCAGGUUCAUAG